GACAUAUUUAAGUGCAUGCAAAAGCGUGUGCAUGUCAAAAAUCUUAUCCGCAGCCGUUUGGCACUGCAAGUCUUUCGGGUUGUGCUGUGGCCCUUCAUGAAUCGGAAGGGCGUGGUCAAGCGUAUUGAGAAAGAACAGUUGGAUGUGGAUGGCAUGUGCGAGGAAUGGGACAGUGCCGAGGACAUCCGUCAAAGGCUUCGGGAUGGAUUAAGCUUUAUUCAUCCUGAGGCCACAAAAGACACAGUGCAGGGUUGCUGCUUGAAUUCCAGUCUGUUAGCACCACUGCUUACCCGAAUGUCUUUGGCUGAGGGAAAGCUUUUGCCUGGGGUAGAUUCACUGCGGCUUGAGAUUGAUAAACUUUUGACCAAGAACAAAAGGGCUCCAGGGAAUGCUCCUGAAGAGAUUGCCGAAGUGGUGAAAGCAAGCUGGAGGGUAAAGAAACUUCUUGGGUUGGUCAAAAUGAAAGCACGACGUGAGGAGGUCAGCACAGAGUUGAAAGAUGAAGAAGAUGAGGAUGCCUGGGAUGAGGAAGGUAAGAAGGACGUAGAAGGUUCUGAUCAGGUGAAGCAAAGCAGUUUGACAAAGGAUGAACCUCAGGUUUCAGACAAGGGUGACCCAGUUUCUGACAAUGUGCAGGAUCGAAAGGAGGGUGAACCUGAUGAGAAAACAGAAAAGAAGAAGAACAUGAAAGAUGCGGAGGGAAUGGAGAAUGAUUCCUGGGAUGGAAAAGGCAGUUCAACAGACAAGAAGAGUACCAAGAGUUCAGACACAUCAACAAAGAGAGAAGGUGACAUGGGAAAAGGCGAUGACAACAAGUUUACCGACAGUGAAGCUGAUGAGGAGCCUGCUUUGCCAGCCGUCACCCGGGCCAUGCAGAUCGACCAGAAGGCGAAGGAUCACCCCGCUGGAGGCAGAGGUCGUGGCAGAGGGAAAGGGAUGGGAAAAGGCAGGGGGAGAGGCACCACGAAAAAGGAUGAUGAUGAACAUAAUGAUGAUGCGGGUUGGGAUGAAUGGAUGAAACAAGAUCAGCUUCGGGAUAGCAAUUGGCACUGGGCAAAAGACUAUGGAUGGUAUUGGGAGGACAAAGCAGCAGCAACACCAGCAAAAGCAAAAGGCAAGAAACGUGCCAAGGAUGCAGUGGCUUCAGCAGGCUCAGCAGAGCCCAACAAAAAGAAAGCACGAAAUGAGAAGGACAAGAAGGAUGAGAAAACUAAGUCGGAAAAGCCAUGCCCGAAGUCAGAACCCAAGCAAGCAGCUGCCCCAAAUGCCCGAAAGGAAAAAAAGCACUCUGAACCUGAGGAUCCCCAGCCUAAGAAAAGAAGCCGAAAGGCGCCCAAAGAGGAAAGCCCACAUGUAGAGUUUACGGAUGCACCCACGAAAUCAAAGGACAUCAAGAAAGAGAUCUAUGAGUUUCUUUUGGGAGCACAGGAUUUGACGGAUGAGAAUGCAAGGGCAUACUUGAAAAGCAAAGUGCCAAAUUGGCCUGGGUUGGGUGUCGGCAUGCUUUUGAACAUCUACUGGGUUUCCAGGGGUGUGAAGGGCAUUGGGGUUGGAGUGACAUCCAAAAAGCAACGGUGUGACUUUGCUUUCUUCGGUUACAAGUCUGAGUGCGAUUCAUGGAUCUACGCCAUUGCCGCUGCCAUCAAGUCAGCUGACAUUUUGGUACGCUUCGUCCACAAGUACGAGAAGGACAACCCAGAUUCGAACGUCAGCCUUCAAGCAGCUGCUGAGGUACAAGAGUUCAAGGAUCGAGUGAAAGAAUCUGGUAGGAAAGCACUGCAGAAAUUUUUGUCUGGUCUUUGUGCCGAAGUUGGCAAUCGCCAUGCCUCUACUUUCAGCGGCUAUGCGCCGGCAUUUGCGCUGUGCGUUCUUCUCCUGAUUUUCACAUAUGAUUUGGAGCAGGACAUCUCUUCUAGUCUUGCUGGUGACCGCCCUUGGGGGGACAUGGACUGUGGAGCAGCCAUCGGGAUCCCUCUUGGAGUAUUACCCAUCGUGGCGGGAGGUCCUGAGAAACGUUUUCCGAUGUGGCAUUAUCCGAUGGCCUUUGCUCGUGCCGUUGCAGACCAGCUGGAGUUGGAUGAAGAACUCGGAGGUUUCCAAUUGGAAGAAGCCCGAACCCAAGCAACUCCGGAAGAAUUGGAGAAAGCUGGCAUCCAGGUCCUGGGGACCGGCUCGUCAGGUGUACCACAGACUGGUGAUGAAGUUUACGUGGUUGCAUCCCCUGUCGUUGAAAAGCCAUCUGCUGAGAAAUCUUUAACGGAAUCUGGAGCCAAACCUGCCCCGGAUGAUGUACCCACAGUGCCAGAGCCCAAUGAAACUGUUCCACGUGCUGAUUCCGAGAAAGCAGCCACACUUGAGAACGGCCGCAAGGAAAAGCUCCGCCUUGCAGCCAAGAGUCGGCUGAAUCGUUGGGUGAAGCCUCACAAGAGACACCCGGAACAGCAAGCGCCGGAUUGGGUUGUGAAGGAAUGGACGUCAGGUUGUCGAAAAGACAUUGCGGACCUACUUUCCCAUUGCAACUUCAACAAGGAGACCUUCUUGAACAAGCUCAUGAUCUCCGUGAAGAAGAAGCAGAAAAUCGAGCUCACCAAAGAGCAAGGUUGGUACUCCGUGUCUGAGUUGGACGAGACCAAGAUCGAUGGCGCCAAAACCAAAUGCAAAGCUAUGGGAGAGACCCACUUCAGGCUCAAUGAAUAUGACGGCGAAGAAGAGUUUUGGGUGACGAUCAAGGAAACAGGAAAAAAGAUCGAGUCUACAACCUACGCUGAAGUGCACCAGAAGCAGUCUGAGGCCAAAGAGGAUCCUACCUUUGACAUGGCUGACGGCAAGUUCUUGAUGCUGGCUGCUGACAAGGGACGGACUGAAAAGACCAAGGAUGAUAAGGUUCAACCUUGUGUUCAGCAAUCCAAAUUUGCCCAGACCCGCGAUACUCUGAAGAAAUUCAUGGAGUCACUGAUUGCCAAGACUGGCAAACUGAGAAGCUUAGUGCGUGAGUUGGAAAGUAAGUACGAUGACAAAGCUGCUGUGUCGUACAUGCCCCAGUGCGUCAUCUCCUUGCAGCAGCAGAUCGCAAAGGUGGAUGAAGCCUAUGAUCGUUGCAACCAAGUGUGGGCUAAGGGUGAGGUGGAAGGGUUCCUCACUGAGACGUGCUCUGCAGCCAGCGGAGUGGAGAUGAAGAUCAGGAAUGCAAAGAAAUUCUACACCAAGCGCAAGCGAGAGGCAACUGAGGAAGGACAAGACGCUGUGACAAGCCAGGGCGCGUUGUUCGGGGAUUCGCCAAGCGCAUUGGCGAAGGUCGUCCUGGAUGCAGAAAUGCCAACGCUGGAGGCUUCUUGCAGAUCUGCAAUUGAUGCUGCACGGAACGUUGUGGCUGAUGUGGGUGUGAAAGCCGCGGCUAGCUCUGGAGGGCUGUCUGAGUUAGCCCAAAUUAGAGAUACCAAUUCUGAAAGGGAUUGCAAAAGGAAAGUAGAGCUGUCGAGAACUGCACCGGUGGUCUUGCACGGGGAUGAGGGCACAAGCUAUGGCUUUGACUGGUGUCGAGUGGGUACACGUCGACCGCUUUGGCUGACGACUGCUUACCAAGGUGUCGGGAAAGUUUGGUUGGGUUCUGCUUUGGCGCUUUUGAGUUUGGCGGAAACAGACAACACCAUCGAUGACAGAUUUUCUUCAUUGACCAAACGGUACAAG